UGUAAGGUUCAGAUGCCGUGGGUGGGUAUCUCCUGCUGACUGCUUCAUAGGCGGAGCCAAGUAGCUUUCAGGAGCUUGAAGGUUUACAGUAGCAAAACACAUCCCCCCUCUGCUGGCCAACGAACUCCCUGCUCUCUCCUGCUACACUGGAGUGCAGAGGAGAUUGAGAAGCUGACUGUGGAUGAGGACCUAAACGAUAUUGAGCGAGCUGUGUAUCUCCUCAGCUCGGGCCAGGAAGUGCAGAGGGCCAGCGUGGUCAUGAACUUGCCCAAUCUGGUGCGACAGAACCCUGCUGAGACAUUCCGGAGGGUGGUACCCAAAGUCAGGGAAGUGCUCCAUGUGGGUGGGAUGGAGCUACAACUGGCUGCAGCCUCCUCAUUUUUGACCAUCCUGCAAGAUGACAUUGUCCUCAUCCAGACGCAUACACACUCCAUUUUACAGAUUGUCCUUCUCUACCUGGAACACCGGGAUGCAGUGGUGAGCAAUGCAUGGCUCGAGACACUGCUCUCAGCUAUUGAUGUCUUGCCGAAGGAGACGAUCAGACAAGAGAUCUUGGGCCCACUGGUAUCGAAGGCACAGCUCUCACAGACCCUGCCGGCCCGACUUGCCAGCUGCCGCAUUCUGGGGAAGGUGGCUCUCAAGUUUGAGUCCCCACUGGUAAAGAAGGAGCUACUGCCUAUGGUCCUGUCUCUGUGCCAAGACAUGGAGUUUGAGGUGCGAUCCUGCAUGUGCCGGCAGCUGGAGAGCAUUGCCAGAGGAAUUGGGGUGGAGCCCACCAAGACGCUGGUGUUGCCAGAGCUCAUGGAGCUGGCUCAGGAUGAAGGAAGUAUGGUGCGGCUGGCUGCUUUUGACACAAUUGUCAGCCUCCUGGAGAUGUUUGACAGUGAGGAUCGGACUCGCAUCAUCUUUCCCCUGGUGAAGGCCUUCUGUGAGAAGUGCUUCCAGGCUGAGGAAGCUGCCCUGGCCUCCCUGUCAUGCCAGUAUGGAAGGCUCUGCCACGGCCUCUCAGGGAGCUUCACGGAGGAGCAGCACCUGUGGUUCCUGGAAUUCUACAAGAAGCUGUGCAUCGUGGGCCUCCAGCAGGAGAACGGAAACAGUGAGGCCCCCACUUACCCCCUGGAGUUGGAGAGCAAGUAUGCGCUAGUGCGCAAGAACUGUGCCUACAACUUCCCAGCCAUGGUGGUGUAUGUGCAGCCUAAGCACUUCCUGUCUGAGCUGUACCCCACGUUUUCCAGCCUGUGCCGUGAUCCUGAGAUCUCUGUGCGUCGCACGACUGCUGCCGGCUUCCAUGAAGUUGCCAAACUGUUAGGACCCAGUGUACACUGCAUCCACAAAGACCUUGUGAUACUGCUGCAGGAUGACUCCCUGGAGGUAUUAGAUGCCCUCAUGACCCACUUGCAGGAAACUCUGGAGCUGGCCACUUUGCGGGGAGAGGGCAGUGGGCCUGAGACCAAGGUGAGCAUACCAGAUCUGGUUCCAGCCCUGGCAGCUGCAGAGCAGAAGGCGGCCGCCUCACUGCGCUGGCGUGUCCAUGAGAAGCUACUGCAGAGAUACGCCUGCCUGCCCCGCAUUGUCUCUGGGGACCAGAUCUACUUUCGCUUCCUUCAGAGGAUGUUCACCAUUGUCACCACCAACAAUGUGCUCCCAGUCCAGAAAGAAGCAGCUAGAACAUUGUGCGUGUUCCUGCGGUACAACCGCAAACAAGAGCAACGGCAAGAGAUCAUAAGCAAAGUGGCUGAGCAACUUGCCCAAGGCAGAAGUUACUGGAAUAGGCUGCGCUAUUUGGAUCUAUGUGAAAUAGCCAUGGACCUCUUCUCUAAAUCCUACUUUUGUAAAUAUUUCCUGGUACUGGCCCUGGAGUUGGUCAAUGACCCUGUAGCCAAUGUUAGGUACAAACUGUGCCGCAUGCUACCCAGGCUAAAGGAGUCUAUCAGGCUGCCAGCAGAUAAGCACUUGCUACAGCAGCUGGAGUUCUGCGUACGCAGACUGCUGUGCCGAGAGAAGGACCAGGAUGUGGUGGCGAGCGUUCGCAAGACUGUGCUGGAACUGGACAAACUAGACAUCACCGAACCAUAUCACAAGCGACAUGAGCGAGACUUACUGGACCAGAAGAAAGAGACGGAGGAGGCCCUGUUGCUGGAGAUGGAGCAGCUAGAAAGACAUCAGAGUGAAGGGAGACUUGAAAGUGACAAGCAUUUAGACAAAAAGCGGAAAGAGACGAAGCGGACCAAACUGGCACGAAGCCGCUCACUCAGCAGCCACCCCUCUACAUCCAAGAUGACCACUUUGGAGAAACCUUCAAAGGGCAAGGAGCCAGGAACCUGCCCAGCACCAGUGAAGGGGCCCAUUCCCCCCUCUUCAGAUGACGGCCUCCGCUCUCACCACUUUGGCCAUGCCCCCUCCUCCUCCAUGCCAGUUCUGAUCCGUAGCAACACCAGCAGCACUCUGGACCAUCGGAGCAGCACGAUCAAGGAGACCAGGAAGCUAACCAUGCAAAGAAAAUCCAACUCUUUCGGGAUGCAGUAAAGACGGAAAUGCCAAGGAAGAUUCUCCACCCCUGUCUCCAUAUUCUCGCAUCCUAUGACCUAUGACCUGCUUUCUCUUCAUAGUGACAGUCUGGCUCCACAUAUGGAGAAAUCAGCAUCCCUCUGAUUUGAUUCUCCGACUCUCAACCAACAGACUAGUAAACCAACAUACUGAAAAAAACAAUCCGUCCAGCUAGCUUAAGCAUGUAUUUUUCAACGCAGUCCUCAGGGACCCCAGACAGCCUGCAUUUUUGCACCCUCUCAGCUCCCAACAUACCUGUACUAGGUACUCGAUGUACUUGAUUGCUUGAUGUGUUGCAAGCUGGGAGGGAGAAAAAUGAGGACUGGGUU